UAUAUUGUUUUUAUAAUUAAUUCAAUAUGGCAAAUAAUGAGAAUAAUAAUAAUAAUGAUACAUCUACUUAAAAUAGUAAAUUUGUUUAAUUGAAUUCUUCAUUACAAAUCCUAAAUGAAAGUAUAAACAUUCAAAUAACAUAAUUCAGAUAAAAAGUGCUUAAAACUAUUUAUUCAAAAGUAAACUUAUUAUAAAAUAAGGAUCCUGUGAGAAGGAAAUAGAUUGCUUGUAGAAUUUAUAUCAAUGAUUUGGACUCUGUACCAGGAUAUAAAGUAUCAAAGAGUAAAUCUAUGAAAUAUUAUUUAGAAUAAAUAUGCAGAAUAUGUAUUUGUGAAGAAGAAACCUCUAAAUUUAUUGCUCCAUGCAAAUGUAAAGGAACAUCAGAGUUUGUUCAUCAAGAAUGUUUAAAAAUGUGGAUCUUAGAAUAAUAAGGGGUCAAUAAAAUAUAUAAUGAUGAGGCAAUUAUAUUUUAUAUUUUAUUUAGUUAUACUGUGAAGUUUGUCAUCAUAAAUUCAAUUUUGAUGUCGAUUUUAAUGAUAGAUUUGAUAUCAAUUAAUUUAAAAGGAUUAAAAAUAAAACUAAACUAUGUUGGCUUAUUCAAAUAUUCUUUAUUAUUCUCUUUAUUUUUGGAUCCAUUCAAAUAACUUUAAUUUUUGGAAUUGAAUCUUUAGCGACUGUUGCCAUUAUUGUUGUAUUUGGCUUAAUUACUAUCAUUUUAAUUAUUUAUUUAGUUUUCAAUUUUAGUACAGCUCUUAAUGUUUAAAUGA